GGGGUGAGGCGGACAGUCGCUGAUCCACCGGUAUCAUGGCUUCCUAACUGGAGGGGAAUAUGACUGAGAGUAAAACAGGGAUUUUUGUCUGAAUGCACGACUGCUUGUUGCCUUCUCUAGCACGUGAGAUUGGGACAGAGGGGUUCGGCCUCCCUUUUCGCCCCCAACGGCCGCCCCUGGGAUCCAGGAUAUACUUUUAAUUUUUAUCGGUGAAUUUCCAUUCGUAAACCGUGGAAGAUGGCCGACCCGGCGGAGUGCACCAUCAAAGUGAUGUGCCGUUUCAGGCCCCUGAAUAGCUCUGAGGUGACCAGAGGCGACAGAUACAUUCCCAAGUUUCAAGGGGAAGAGACCGUUGUUAUUGGGGGUAAACCAUACAUGUUUGACAGAGUCUUUCAGUCAAAUACAACACAAGAACAAGUGUACAACGCCUGUGCCCAAAAGAUUGUAAAAGAUGUUCUUGAGGGAUACAAUGGAACCAUUUUUGCUUAUGGGCAAACAUCAUCUGGCAAAACACACACCAUGGAGGGGAAUCUCCAUGACACAGAUUCAAUGGGGAUCAUCCCCAGGAUAGUGCAAGAUAUCUUCAACUACAUCUAUUCCAUGGAUGAAAACCUGGAGUUUCAUAUCAAAGUUUCAUAUUUUGAAAUCUACCUAGACAAGAUCCGGGAUCUUUUGGAUGUGUCAAAGACCAAUUUAUCAGUCCAUGAAGACAAAAACAGAGUACCUUAUGUCAAGGGUUGCACUGAAAGAUUUGUCUGCAGCCCAGACGAGGUCAUGGAUACAAUCGAUGAAGGCAAAUCUAACAGACAUGUAGCAGUAACAAACAUGAACGAACACAGCUCCAGGAGUCACAGUAUCUUCCUGAUAAAUGUUAAACAGGAGAACACUCAGACCGAGCAAAAGCUCAGUGGAAAGUUGUACCUGGUGGAUCUUGCUGGUAGUGAAAAGGUCAGUAAAACGGGUGCAGAGGGAGCUGUGCUGGAUGAGGCCAAGAACAUCAACAAGUCCCUGUCAUCUCUGGGAAACGUCAUCUCUGCAUUGGCUGAGGGAUCGGCUUACAUCCCUUACAGAGACAGCAAGAUGACCCGUAUACUUCAGGACUCUUUGGGUGGUAACUGUCGAACCACCAUAGUCAUUUGCUGUUCACCUUCCUCCUUUAAUGAGGCUGAAACUAAAUCCACCCUAAUGUUCGGACAAAGAGCAAAGACCAUCAAGAACACCGUGACAGUGAAUAUUGAGCUGACAGCAGAGCAGUGGAAGCAGAAGUAUGAGAGGGAGAAAGAGAAGAAUAAAACACUCAGGAACACCAUCACAUGGUUGGAGAACGAGCUCAACCGCUGGAGGAAUGGGGAGAGUGUGCCAGUAGAGGAGCAGUUUGACAAAGAGAAGGCCAACGCCGAGGUGCUAGCCCUGGACAACAUAAUCAACGACAAGCCGGCCUCCACGCCCAACAUGCCCGGCGUUCGCCUCACAGAUGUGGAGAAAGACAAGUGUGAGGCUGAACUGGCGAAGCUCUACAAACAGCUGGAUGAUAAGGAUGAGGAAAUCAACCAGCAGAGCCAACUGGCUGAGAAGCUGAAGCAGCAGAUGCUGGACCAGGAGGAGCUUCUUGCUUCCUCUCGGCGUGACCAUGAGAACCUCCAGGCAGAGCUGAACCGCCUGCAAGCUGAGAACGAGGCCUCUAAGGAGGAAGUGAAGGAGGUGUUGCAGGCACUGGAGGAGCUGGCUGUCAACUAUGAUCAGAAGAGUCAAGAGGUGGAGGAUAAAACCAAGGAGUUUGAGGCCAUCAGUGAGGAGCUUAGCCAAAAAUCAUCCAUCCUGUCCUCUUUGGACUCUGAGCUCCAGAAGCUCAAAGAGAUGUCCAACCACCAGAAGAAGAGGGUGACUGAGAUGAUGUCUUCACUGCUCAAAGACCUAGCUGAGAUUGGCAUUGCCGUAGGCAGCAAUGACAUUAAGCAACACGAGGGUGGCAGCGGUCUGAUUGACGAGGAGUUCACGGUGGCCCGUCUGUACAUCAGCAAAAUGAAGUCAGAGGUUAAGACGAUGGUGAAACGCUGCAAGCAGCUGGAGGGCAUCCAGUCAGAGAGCAACAAGAAGAUGGAUGAGAAUGAGAAGGAGUUGGCCGCCUGUCAGCUCCGUAUCUCCCAGCAUGAGGCAAAGAUCAAGUCCCUGACUGAGUAUCUGCAGAACGUGGAGCAGAAGAAGAGGCAGCUGGAGGAGAACGUGGACUCUCUCAAUGAGGAACUUGUGAAGCUCAGUGCUCAGGAGAAAGUUCAUGCUAUGGAGAAAGAAAACGAGAUCCAGACUGCAAACGAAGUCAAGGAAGCAGUGGAGAAGCAGAUUCACUCCCAUCGUGAAGCUCACCAGAAACAGAUCAGCAGCCUGAGAGAUGAGCUGGACAACAAGGAGAAACUCAUCACUGAGCUGCAGGAUUUGAACCAGAAGAUCAUGUUGGAGCAGGAGAGACUCCGAGUGGAGCAUGAGAAACUCAAAUCCACCGACCAGGAGAAGAGCCGCAAGCUGCAUGAGCUGACGGUGAUGCAGGACAGAAGGGAGCAAGCCAGACAGGAUCUGAAGGGUCUGGAAGAGACAGUGGCCAAGGAGCUGCAGACUCUGCACAACCUGAGAAAACUCUUUGUUCAGGACCUGGCCACCAGGGUGAAAAAGAGUGCUGAAAUGGACUCUGACGACACGGGAGGCAGCGCAGCACAAAAACAGAAAAUCUCCUUUCUUGAGAACAAUCUUGAGCAACUCACCAAGGUUCACAAACAGCUGGUUCGUGAUAAUGCAGACCUUCGCUGUGAACUUCCUAAACUGGAAAAGCGUCUUCGUGCUACGGCUGAGCGGGUCAAGGCCUUGGAAUCUGCAUUGAAGGAAGCCAAGGAGAACGCUGCUCGCGACCGCAAACGCUACCAGCAGGAGGUGGACCGCAUCAAGGAGGCCGUCAGGGCCAAGAACAUGGCCAGGAGGGGACAUUCGGCUCAGAUUGCCAAACCCAUCCGACCCGGGCAACAACCAGUGGCAUCUCCCACUCAUCCCAAUAUCAACCGCAGUGGAGGAGGCUUCUACCAGAACAGCCAGACAGUGUCUAUCAGGGGAGGGGGCACCGGCAAGCCCGACAAGAACUGAGGAGCAGCGAGACCGUAGAACAACACCGACAGAAGAAGCCAUUUUCACCCACCUGCCCACCCAGACAACCUGUCAUUCCAUUACAGCAAACGGCUCCUCGUCGCGGCUUCAGAGCCACAAAGGAGUCCUGAAUUAUAAAUAUAUAUAUAUAAAUAUUCCCGGCCUGUACAGCUCCAGCUCCCCCCCGAGCCCCCACACCCUCCACCUACCCUCACCCAUUACCAUCAUGAAUUAUCUCUUUUCUCUUACGGGAUAUAAUAAAAAAAAAAACUUUACAAAGUAAAAAUGAAAAAGUAAUUGUAAUUUAAAAGGCAGAAUAAUAAUAUUCUUCUUCACUGAACCAAACG